AUGGAGGGCGCCGAAGCGAAAGGAAAAGUUUUUGGGUCUUUGGCCAACAAUUUGGCAGCAAUGAGGAAAGAGGGCAACGCCGUACAUAUGGAAGCCGGUGAACGGAUGGAUGUCGACUCGGUGACGAGUGAGCACGAUAAGACGGUGUUGGCCGAAUUCGAGCGCCGUAAACGAGCCCGUCAACUCACAUUACCCACCGAUGAUCGGCAGUUGAAAAUGAAGCUCCGAAUGUUGAAUCAACCGAUUUGCCUAUUCGGAGAAGAUAUUCAAGACAGACGUGAACGUUUGCGAGCGCUCCUCUCCACUCUGACGCCCGAUCAAAUUACGAAGAUUUUACACACGGAAGAGGCAGGCGGCACCGAGCGCAGAGACAAAGAGACGAGUACAUGGUAUCAUCGAGGGACGGAGACACUUCGAGAUGCACGAGUGGCGAUUGCUGAUCAUUCGUUGAGGAAAGCAAAGAUUAGACUCGAACAUCUGCGCGAAGAAAGCACAAAGCCUGAUCAGGAAAAGGCCUUGGAAAAACAGGAAACGCAUCGAUGGGUACAACAGCUAAAUCUACAUGCAUCACAGGUGGCUGAUCUUCGUCCAGUUGCUUAUGUGGAAUUUGCGCCCGAUUCGGAUCACAUUGUAACUGCCGGAUGGUCAGGAGUGCCAGCUGUGUGGAGAAGAGACACCUGCGAGAAAGUGAUCAAAUAUCAAGGGCACCACGGGCAAUGCGGAUGUGCUAGAUUCCAUCCUCAAGCGUACAUUGGACAGGAUGAGAAUGCGUUAAACGUCGCUUCGUGUGCACAUGAUGGGACCGUCUCGUUGUGGUCACUUUCACAAGAACAUCCAAUCGCUCAACUCGAGAAGCAUCCACAACGCGUUUCCCGGCUCGCUUUCCACCCAACAGGGCGAUAUUUAGCCACUGCUUGCUUUGAUUCAACUUGGCGCCUCUUCGAUGUGGAUGUCGGCGAGGAGUUGCUCAUACAAGAAGGGCAUUCAAAGCACGUCUCCGAUGUGAUAUUUCAUCCGGAUGGCGGUUUAGCGCUCACGGUUGGUCACGAUUGUUAUGGACGAGUGUGGGAUUUGAGAACGGGAAAAUGUAUUAUGUUUCUGGAUGGGCACACAAAGGAGAUUUACACGGGAGAAUGGAUGCCGAAUGGUUUCGAGAUGGCAACCGGUGGAGCGGAUAACACAAUUAAGACUUGGGACCUCCGAAUGCGUCGUUGCACUUACACAAUGCCGGCGCACACGUCGACGAUUUCGCGGAUUAGAAUCGAUUCAAAGGGACAAUACAUGAUCUCUGGAGGAUUCGAUAAUUUGUUGAAAUGUUGGGCAACGCGUGGCUGGCAACCAUUGCGGGAAAUGAAAGGACACGAUACAAAGAUUAUGUGUAUCGACAUCUCUCCAAACGGUCAAUGGAUAGCUUCAGCCGCUUUCGAUCGAACAUUCAAAUUGUGGACCCAAUCCGAUUAC